AUGGCGAAUAAUAAUUCUUCUUUUACGCAAGAGAAGAAACCUUCAAACUGGGUACCUCUCCUGGAUGGGCCCCUGCGCCAAGAACGCAAGCUUCGUGUUGUAUGCGUUGGCGGCGGCUGGUCUGGAAUGACUUUGGCUCACAAGCUCACGCACGAGCUCAAGUGGGAUCAUUUCAUUGAUCUCCAGAUUUACGAGAAAAACCCUGAUCUUGGCGGUACUUGGUAUGAGAACCGGUACCCCGGAGCGGCUUGCGAUGUUCCUGCUCAUAUUUACGUCUUCCCAUUUGAGCCUAACCCAAACUGGACCACCUUUUAUGCCAACAGCCCUGAAAUCUGGCAGUACAUGAAAGAUACUGCUAAGAAAUGGGACCUCGAGCGCAACAUGUUGUUCAAUUCUAAGGUCAUCGAUUCCAUCUGGGAUGAGUGCACUGGUAAAUGGCGACUCAAGGUUGACCGCCAAGGCGAGAUCAUCAACGAUGAAUGCGACGUUCUCAUUAAUGCAACUGGAUUCCUACACAAAUGGUCUUGGCCCAAUAUUGAAGGUCUUCACAACUUCAAAGGCAAGCUUGUUCAUACUGCAUCUUGGGAUCAGUCACUGGACUGGAGUGGCCAGAGAAUUGCCCUAAUUGGUAACGGAUCAUCUGCCAUUCAAGUCUUGCCAAAGGUCCAGAAGACCGCCCAGAAAGUCGUAACAUACGUCCGCAGCCCUACUUGGAUUGCCGCAAACUUUCUCAACCAGUUCUCCGAAGAUGGCAGCAAAGUCUUUACUGAAGAACAGAGAAAAGAGUUCAGAGAGAAUCCAGAGAAGCUAUACCAACUGCGCAAGAAAUUGGAGCAUGGAUUUAAUGAACUCUUCAAGGCCAUGGUCGUCGGCCGGCCAGAACAACAGGAGCUUGAUCGCGAACACAACGAGAUUAUGCGCCAACGCCUCCGCCAAAACGCUGAGUUGAUUGAUCGUCUGGUCCCUAGAUUCACAGCGGGCUGCCGCCGCCUGACGCCUGGUGAUGGUUACCUGGAAGCUUUGCAAGAGGACAACGUCAAGACCACUUGGAGUUCCAUAAUCAGAGUAACAGAGAAGGGCAUACUUACGGCUGAAGGCGAGGAAGAAGUUGACAUCAUCGUCACUGCUACUGGCUUUGAUGUGAGUUAUAGACCAAACUGGAACCUUGUCGGGCGCAAUGGCGCCACUCUGAAUGAACUCUGGGCAAACGACCCUCUGAGCUAUCUUGGUAUUGCCGCUCCAGAGCACCCCAACUACUUCAUUUUUGCAGGUCCCAAUACCCCGGUUGCACAUGGCGUAUUCCCUGGCUCUUGUGAUGCGAUGGCUGCUUAUAUCUUGAAGUGGUGCCGCAAGAUUGCGUCAGAAGACAUCAAAUCUGUAUGUGUACUACCUGAGGUGGUAGACGACUUGGACGUGUGGUCACAAGAGAUGCUAUCUCAUACUGUGUGGGCUGCUCCAUGCCGUAGCUGGUAUAAGAAUGGGAGAACCGACGGCCGCAUUACUGCUCUACAUGCCGGUAGUGUCAUCCAUUACAGAGAACUACUGGAGGACAUUCGCGGUGAGGAUUUCAAGAUUGACUACCGCUCGACGAACAAGUUCCGCUUCCUUGGAAACGGAUUCACGAAGAGAGAUAUUAACGGAGAGGACCUCGGUUAA